AUGGAUCUAAUGAACCGAAUUUUCCAGGAGUUUCUUGACAAAUUUGUAGUCGUCUUUGUAGACGACAUCCUCAUCUAUUCGUCUUCUGAAGGGGAGUAUGAAGGGCAUCUUCGUACCAUCUUACAACUUCUUAGAGAACAUUUUCUGUAUGUGAAAUACGAAAAAUGUGAGUUUUGGCUUUCAAAAGUGAAGUUUUUGGGUCACAUAGUCUCGGAAGAGGGGGUUAUGGUGAAUUCUUCAAAGAUAGAACCCGUGCAGAAUUGGGAGCAGCCUAAAAAUGCAUCUAAAAUUCAUAGUUUCUUGGGUUUAGCCAGUUACUACCACCGGUUUGUAAAGAACUUCUCUUCCAUAGCAUCAUCAUUGACUAGAUUAACCCGCAAGGGAGUGAAAUUUGUUUGGAAUGAAGCUUGUGAGAAUUCUUUUCGAGAACUAAAGCUUAGAUUGACUACCACUCAUAUUCUUAUCAUUCCAAAAAGCGACCUGGGAUAUACCGUGUACUGUGAUGCCUUUAGAGAGGGGUUAGGGUGUGUUUUGAUGUAA